GCGGGAUUGGGGCUUUUGGGUCCAGUGACCUCAAGAGUUCAAGCCCUAAUUCUGCUCUUCUCCUUCGGGCUCAAACCCAUCGUUCCUCGACCUCCUGUUUUUCGACAUCGCUGUUCCCUCGCGCCAACGACUAUUGCGCCCAAGACGCACUCGAUCGUCCCGGAAGACCGUCCCGCUCACUCCCGCCAUGCCCGAUCACGAUUUCGCCUAGUUUAUGGACGACUUUUGCGCCCGCGAAAUCGUCUGACCCUCCGCCUGCUUCGCCAUCGCCUCACCGACGGAACCCCUGCGAUCCGGCUGCUGACGCCUCCAACACUGCUCUGGUAGCAUCUGGAAAAGAAUAAUUGGGAUAUUGAGGUUACCGGGGACAAUUCAAGUCAUCUGUCUGCCCUGAACGAAGCGCCCUUGAUACGUAAUUUGAACGCAAGCCUAAAUUACCGAUCGAACCGUCGAGUCCUUCAUACCGAGUGCUUGAGUCGCCAUAGCUUGAGAUAUUAGGGUACUAAGAGGGGAACUAGGCCAAAAGCAAGAGGAGGGCAACUAUAGACCAAAUAAGGGUUAUUUUGCACAUAGACCUAACAGACCCCUCAAACACUGCGUGUAAAAAUGGUUGCCAGGUCUGUUACACGAGAGCUCGGCUCUCCUGCUCUGCCAGACUUGACUUCUCGCUCUCGACGCAGUUCGUCUAGGGCUUCUCAGGCGUCUCAGAGAACAGCGCACCCUGAACUGAACACGUCAAACGUUCCCCAAUCAUCUUAUUCUCUUCCCCCAACCCCGCUUACUUCAUCAUUUGAAGAGGUUCUCCCUUCAAAACGCCGCAGAACACAGCGUGCCAUUCAUUCAGAGGACAAGACUUUGCCUUCCAAAAGUGUCUUGGAAACCCCGACUCACAGAGCCUUUUCUGAGCCAUCUCAAACUCCAAAGUCUACCAGACCUACUCGUAACAGCAACUUGAUUCUGUCAACUUCCCAGAGUUCCAGUGCUGUUGACACACCCCAAAAAGCCCCGACUCCUGGAAGUUCCAAAUCUACCCCUACUGCCACGCCUGGUCAACCUCAGACAGAGCAAGGUGCUAUUUCCCCCAGAAAACUUCCUCUCCGCAACCAGACAAUCACUGUCAAACCUGAACCCUCAGAGACAACCAAAGACUCUGAAAUGGGCGCUGGCAUGUCUCACACCCGUAAGACUAGACAGUCAAUGUCGACUCGGCUCAACGAUGCGGGCCAGGAGAAUGGCACUCCCACCAAGGCUUCAUCGGCAGAUGCCUCUACUCCUCAGUCAUCCCGUCGGGACCGCAGGUCGAGGCUUGCUGCCCACACGGGCACAAAGAUCACCAAGCCCCCUCCCGACACUCCUGCAGCUGCUACUGCUAAGACACCAAAUGGUGUAAACAAAUCCGCCACUUCUGUCAAGCAAACCCCAGCAGAGACUCCCAACACCUCUACUAGAUCUCGCCGCCGCGAUCGUCGAUCAUCCCGAGUUCUUGACCAGACUCCUAGUCAGGACAAGGCAUCUGAAAAUGCUACAGCUCAAAAUACCUCUGAACACCCCUCACCUCAACGUUCAAAUAGACUGAGCAAUACGGUAACACUUAACGUGGGCCGCAAGUCGUUGGAAUCGAUCCUUGCUCAGCAACAGGCGAAACGAAACGCCCAAGAUGAGGCCGCACAAGUCGCACCCCCUGAGAAUGACAAUCAUCUCGAGUACGAUAGUGCGAUGUACCGAAACAACUACGGCCUUGAUGGCCAGAUGGACGCUCCUACAUCUCCCAACAGCAUGUCCACCAGCACCUCCACUGCAGCACGCACCUCAGGCCGUGCACGUAAGCCGACCGCUCGCGCCUUGGAGUCGUUUGAAUCCGAGCAGCGCUACCGUCGUCCUCGUGCACCGUCCGCCAAACCUUCCGCCGCCGCCGACACGACAACGAACGCGGCCAACACUGACACGGCCGAGGUUCGCUCACGUUCGAGGCAGAAGCCAAGCCCGCAACCACCUACAUCAACUGCACCUACCCCGGCCCUCGACAUUGCUGCGCUAGCCAAGCAGAUUUACGAGCUGGCAGCGGCCGCACUGGCUGAUGACUUUGUUUUACCCCCUGAGACAGAGAAAUGGUUUGCAGAGUUACAGCACAAGUUUGAUGGGCAACAUAGAAAGAAAGAAGCCGAAGCUACCGAGCUUCCUCCGCCCGCUGAGCCCGUUGAGGCCGUUGCGGCCGCUGAUCCCGACGAAGCCUCCGAGGCUGUCGAGUCCUUUGAGCCUACUGAGGCCGCCGAACCUGCCCAACCUGCCCAACCCUCUGAACCCAAUGAAGCUGCUGAACCAUUACCAAGGACAGAAGAAGAGGCGGAGGCCGAAGAAACCCCGCCCACGAGCGAGACGUUCUUAGAGAAUGUGCAAGUUUCGGACCCGUGGACUGAUGCUGAUGGCUGGGAACACACAGGCCAACAUAACAAGCAUGGAGAAGAGUUCGUCAUCGUCGGCCCGAAGUAUGAAUGGUAUCGUCCUAACUACACCUAUGGCGACAAAGACCUGCCGCAACCCCCUGUCCGUCUGAGGUCAUACGUCCAGUCCGAAGCGGACCGCGUGUUUGGCUAUCCCCCCUGCAUUGGAGAUCGUAAUGUGCCCGCUGAUAUCAAGGGCUUCUUCCUCCUCGAGAAUGUCCCUGAGGAGCGAGCAAAGCUCAAAGCAAAGGAAGCGGCCCGCGCGAGAGGGAUCAUUGUCACAAGAUAUAUGCCGUUGCACGAAAUCGAGUUGCUCAUCAGCCUCUACGAUAACGGACAGCCGCCGCCACCCCCGGCUCCUGCCCCUGAGAGUGUCGCCGAGUCGAAGCCUCCAGCGUCCACUCGAAAGCGACGUCGAGCUGGCACCGCAUCUACUCCUAAAGAUCCUGCAGAGACCCCAAAUCCAAAGAGACGCCGCCAAGAGACGGAAAACCCUACUCCGUCUGAGCCUGCUGCAAUAGAACCUGCAACAGAACUUGUACCGGAGCCCGCAUCGGAGCCCGCGCCCGAACCGCCAUCGGAACCCAGCACGGAAGAAGAAGCCUCGUCUCCAGACAAGAAGUCUCUCAAAAUCACUCUUAGCUUUGGAAAGAAGAAGUUCAUGCUCGAGGAUAUUGCUUCCAGUGACAGCGCAGCAACCCGCGAGCAGUCAAAGAAACGGCCCCAUUCCGAACUCGAAGAAACCACUACUACCCCGGAGAAAUCACAUGGACACGACACGCGCUCUCCCAAAGUCCAAAAGGUUUCCACCGCCCCAACAGCCCAGAAGACGCCAAACGAAACGUCCACAGUCCCAAAAGCAACACAGUCCAUGGGCCCUCCUUCCACUCCUGCCAAAACCGCAGAAACCAAGACUAACGCCACCCCUGGCUCAUCUGAGCAAUUCUCUACCGAGACGACACCUGGAGGCCGACCUCGUCGCCGCGCCGCACAAGCGCUGAUAGCAGGAUUCCAAGUGCACGCUGAAGACCGCGCCCGCCGUGCUGAACGCGCUCGUGCCGCCCAUGCCCGGAGGAAAGGGACGCCUCUGAAGAACGUCACCGCACUCAACGAGAGCCACGCCGAGUCACCGAUUCGACCGGCAGCUGUCAAUCCUAUGAACGUUGAUAAAAACUGAACGGUCAAACAUUCACCGAUUGGUUUUGAUGCUAUUGACCAUCUAAGUUUUACCUCUCUACCUCUUCUAUUUCAUUCCUCAUCUCCUCAAUUAAAUAAUCCUGUUUUUGAUUUAUCCUAUCGGAGUCAUGGGCACCGGGCUUUGGGUCAAGCAUAGCGAUGUCUGCAUGGCACUACUACUUCUACCACCACUUCAACAACUACAUACGUACUUUAUUCAGCGCGUCGACUUCAGGUUUAUUUUCGUCUCAGUUUCGGCUUCUCUUAUCUUGCAUGUUACCGGCGGACCUUUCUUGUUUUCUUGUCAUAUCGCAUUCAAUCUCGCAUCUUGUCCUCUAAAUUUCUCGUUUUUACCCACUAGCGACAGUGUAAAAAAUGGAUGAAGGUCCUCUUUUUUGCAGAUGAGUACCUAGUCGGCUAGUCACUUCGAAGUUCUUCUCCAAUGUCCUUUCUUUUUGUGUUAUUUGCACAGGCCACAGCAAACUUGAGGACGUGAUGACACCUAGAUAAUGCGUAUUGUACUUUACCUCAUCUUACUACUAGUACCUCAUCUCAACCUUGAAGAGCCAACUGCCUACCAUUUUAUUUGAAUUCCCUUGUUACCAAAAAUUGACAACUUUACCC